AUCAGUCGUAUAUAUAUAUUCAGGCGAUUCUCAUCUCUCAUACUCACAUUUCGAACAACUAUAUAGCAAUCUUUCAGUAUUUGUGAAAUACUGAUCUCCACAUCUAAUCACAGCACAGCUUGUUAAGAUCGAAAUUGAUCAUGGAGGAGGUGAGGAGGUCAGCAAACCUUGGGGCAAGUAUCUGGGAUGACGAUCACAUUCAGUCUCUCACAAGUUUAUACACGGGGGAAAAGUACGUAGCUGAAGCUGAGAAACUGAAAAAUCUGGUGAAAAUAAUGAUAGACGAAACCGAAGACGAGCUGGACCAACUUGAGCUUAUCGACAGUCUGCAGAGGCUGGGUUUAUGUAACCACUUCGAGGAUCGAAUAGCUAAGAUGUUAGACAACAUUUAUGAGGCGGAAAAAUGUCGAGACGAUGAAAACAUGGAAAAGAACUUGCACAUCACAGCUCUCAGAUUCAGACUUCUCAGACAACAUGGAUAUCAUGUUCCUCAAGAGAUUUUCUGUAGUUUCAUGGACGAUGUAGGAAAUUUCAAGGCCUCCGUAUGUGAAGACGUGAGAGGAGUGGUAUCUCUAUAUGAAGCUUCGUAUUUAUCCGUGGAAGGGGAAAGCUUACUGGAUUUAGCCAAAGAUUUCUCACUGAAUAAUCUUACUCGAAGAAUCGACAAAAUUACAGAGCCACGUCUAGCGGAGCAAGUGAAGCAUGCUUUGGAGGUUCCUCGACACUGGAGAGUGCAGAGGCUAGAAGCCAAGUGGUACAUUCAAGCUUACGAGAGUAGAUCUUCAGCAAACCUUAUCCUGGUUGAGCUGGCUAAGUUGGAUUUUAACAUGGUACAGGCAACACACCAGCAAGAGCUCAAGCGCAUAUCAAGAUGGUAUAAAGAGACUGGUCUCCCGGAAAAGUUGGGGUUCGCCAGGCACCGAUUGGCGGAGUGUUUCUUGUGGGCUUUGGGAUUUGCUCCGAAGCCUCAUUUUGGAUUUUCCAGGGAGAUUUUGAUCAAAACUGGGCAGCUCAUCACCAUAAUAGAUGACAUGUACGAUGUAUAUGGAACCUUGGAAGAACUCCAAUUGUUCACCAACACAAUCGAGAGGUGGGAUAUUAAUUCGCUGGACAACCUCCCAGAAUAUAUGCGGAUUUGUUUCUUAGCUAUCUUCAAUUUCUCGAAUGAAUUGGCUUAUCAUAUUCUCAGGGAUCAAGGUUUCAACGUUAUCCCAAAUAUGAGGAAACUGUGGGCAGAACUGUGUAGAGCUUAUUACUUAGAAGCGAGAUGGUUUCACAGCGGAUACGUCCCAACCACAAAUGAGUACCUAAAUACAGCAUGGAUUUCCAUUUCGGGUCCUCUACUUCUAUUUUAUGCUUACUUCUCAACAAAUGCUAUAAACAACGAGGAACUACAGAGCCUAGAACAAUAUCCUGGUAUUAUUCGUUGGCCAUCCACGGUUCUUCGUUUGACAGAUGACUUGGGAACUUCAUCCGUAAGAAAACUAUAUACAUAUAUUCGACAGUACAAACAAUCUCUGAUAAUAGUGAUAAUUAAACAGGACGAAAUGAAACGAGGGGAUGUUCCGAAAUCCGUUCAGUGCUACAUGAUUGAAACAGGAUGCUCUGAGGAGGAUGCUCGCAAGCACAUAAAGCAUUUGAUCGAGGCGGCACUGAAGCGCAUGAACAAAGAGAUACUAAUGGAGAAGCCCUUGAAGGAUUUCAGCCACAUUGCCAUGAAUCUUGGGCGAAUCUCACUCUGCAUGUAUCAACACGGAGAUGGCUACGGCCUUCCCCAUUCCGAAACCAAGAGAAAUUUGGUCUCUCUCAUCGUUCAACCCUUCCCUAUGCCCUGAAUUCCUCUACGCACCAGCUUUAAGUAAACCAAUAAAGUGAUCGAGUCCCCAUGCCCUGAUGAUCAUUUCAAUGCAUCAGAUCUGAAUAAGGAGACUCUUUGCUCUUACUUUCCACAUUAAUUUUCAUGUCGUGCUCCUUAACUUGUAUUCGGCCAUCGCCAUUCUAUAUAUUUAUAAACUUCUGGUUCAUGAAGGUAUACUCCUUAUGUGCUCCAUCCGUCCCA